UGGAGCGAUCAGCACGCAGCCAGAGCAAACGGUCGCGGUGGUUUUCUCCUGGAUGCGCUUAGGGGGAGUGUGCGGCGCCAGAAGGCCGUCUGCCACCCGUACGACGACGGCUUCUAUCGAUUGCGACGAGGCGGCCACGACAGAGGCAGCGCGGGCAGUGGCCGUGCUGCGCAAGAGCGGUUGUGUAGCAUGCAAUUAGCAACAUCAAACAGCUUGGCCCGCGCUAGAACAGGAACCCUGCGCUGUCCCUCUCGUUAUUCGGCUUAA